AUGAAAUUACUCUUUGUCUUUGCUGAUUCAUCACCGAAAGUUAGCAUAAUUGCAAUAGGAGUCAUAUCAGCCAGUUGCGAGACGCACUCAUCACCCGCCAGACGCACUAUUGGGCUAGCAAAAGGCCGGAUAUUUUCUCCAUCUCGUACAUCCACCGGGACGCACCCAUCACCCGCCAGACGCACUAUUGGGCUGGUGGAGACACGAGAAGUUUAUGCAUCAUGCUAA